AUGUUAGAAGAAAUCUCUUUUGAGUCUUGGUACCUCUAUUUAAUUAUUUGUGGAGUAUUGUACUUUUGUACAAACUAUCUUUAUAUUCAGUAUUUGAAUAAGAAAUUGGGAGCAAAACUGCCUGGCAGUUGCAAAUCGGAUGGUUGUUUUGGAUUUAGAAGUGGCUUUGAAAUGCUCAAGGCUAAAAAAAUUGGUCGACAAGUUGAUUUAUUACAUGAAAGAUUCAAUGAUUUAUCUAACCCAGAAGUGAAUGAUACUUUUACGUCAUAUAAUUUUGGAUUCCCCAUGAUUAUCACCAAAGAUCCUGAAAAUAUCAAAGCAUUAUUGGCAACUCAAUUUAAUGAUUUCUCGUUAGGUAGAAGAUAUGAUUUCUUUAAACCGUUAUUGGGAAAGGGGAUUUUCACAUUGGAUGGUGAAGGAUGGAAACAUAGUAGAUCAAUGUUAAGACCACAAUUUGCACGUGAACAAAUUGCUCAUGUUAAAGCAUUAGAACCACAUUUUCAAUUAUUGAAGAAACAUAUCACUAAAAACAAGGGCCAAUUUUUCGAUAUUCAAGAAUUAUUUUUCCGGUUCACAGUUGAUUCUGCUACUGAAUUUUUGUUUGGUGAAUCCGUGUCAUCAUUGAAAGAUGAAUCCAUUGGAUAUAAUCAAGACGAAUUUGAUUUUGCUGGCCGUAAAGAUUUCCCUGAAGCAUUUAAUAAGUCACAAAUUUAUUUAUCUACGAGAUCAUUAUUGCAAAACUUAUACUGGUUGGUUAACCCAAAGGAUUUCCAGAAUUGUAAUGCUAUUGUUCAUAAGUUUAGUGAUUAUUACGUCAAUAAAGCUCUUAAUGCAACACCAGAAGAAUUGGAAAAGAACAGCGGAUAUGUGUUUUUAUACGAAUUGGUGAAACAAACUCGUGAUCCACAAGUAUUACGCGAUCAAGCUUUAAAUAUUUUGUUGGCUGGUAGAGACACCACUGCAGGAUUACUUUCCUUUGCCGUUUUUGAAUUAGCUAGAAACCCUCAAGUUUGGAAAAAGUUGAGAGAAGAAAUUAUUGAGAGAUAUGCCGAUGGCGCAACUGAGAUUUCGUUUGAAACAUUAAAGCAAUGUGAAUAUCUCAAAGCAGUAAUUAAUGAAACUUUGAGGUUGUAUCCCUCAGUUCCACGUAAUGGUCGAUUUGCUAAUAAAAAUACAACUUUGCCAAGAGGUGGUGGUCCUGAUGGCAUGUCUCCAAUCUUGAUCAAACAAGGACAAGCUGUGAUGUACAGUAUUUAUUCUACACAACGUGAUCCUAAGUAUUAUGGAAAAGAUGCUGAUGUUUUCCGUCCUGAAAGAUGGUUUGAACCAGAAACUAGAAAAUUGGGAUGGGCAUUCUUGCCAUUCAAUGGUGGCCCAAGAAUAUGUUUAGGACAACAAUUUGCCUUGACAGAAGCAUCUUAUGUUUUGGUCAGGUUGGCUCAAUGUUGUGAAAAUUUGCAAUUGACAGAAGGUAUAGAAUAUCCUCCAGCUAAGUUGACUCAUUUAACAAUGUGUAUGUUUGAUGGUGUUCCUAUUAAAGUUGAUUAG